AUGCGAAAACCUAAUAGGUCAACAUAUAGCAAUAAUUACAGAGGUAAUCAACGAGGUUUGCACUCGACCCCAAGCCUGAGGGGCAGGGGUGCAUAUGUAAGGGGGCCUGCCCAGCAACACAGAGCUCAAGGGAAUUGGACUGGUACACAUCGAGGUUGUUCUCCGGGACAUGGAUUUAGAGGUGUUAUUGUGAUUAUUUGCGUGGAAGUGGAGAUUGGAAGAACCAUAAUGAAGAAAAAUUCACGGAUAGCGAAAAUACUGCAAAAUGUUCCGACCGACCCUGAGAUUAAAACAGGAUGCUGCACGCUACAAAAUAAUAAUGUUUUGGUGCUUGAUAAACCACAAAACAUAAUAAUUAAAAGCGACCGGUCUCUUCAACAAAGUUCAACACAUCAAAACCCAACAAGUGGCAUUUCUAUUUUAUUUGAUUCAGAUCUACAGUCGAUAUUACCUGAAUGUGACACCCUUAAUAACAUUGCAACAGCUACUAUUGUAACAGAAAUAAUACAUCCCGAUAAUAUACCUGCUAUGAACAGUUUGAUUCAGAUCCCAUCACACAUGGAAUCAGUUGAGCAGGCUAGCACUUUGAUGCCUACAACUGUACUUAUGAACUUAGCUAAAAACAUACGGAUAAUGAGAACAUAG